AUGACGAAAACUCUUCUUGCGUCUUUGAGCCUCCUGCUGACCUUGAGUCUCCCCACUCUCGGCCUCGAGCAUGUUGCGAGCGCAAGGCAUGAUCCACAACCGGUACAUCAUCUGCUGCCGACGCCAGAUCCGACGACAGGAUUGGUUCUUACUUCAACAGCAACGACCACGAUCACCGCCACGACGGUCGAACAGUUCAUCUCCCCGUCCCCGCCGCUAGCAAAGCGCGGCGGAAUCUGUGAGGGCGGACUAACCUUCUGCAAUGCUGUGGGUAACUGUUGCCCUACGGAUACUUACUGCACCACCGACAUCCUAGGCAAUGGAGGUUGUUGCGCAAAUGGAGCUUCCUGUACCGGCUUCGCCAGCCCUGUUCCUGGGUUAGCCACGGGCAAAUGGCCCGCUGCCAAUGGUGCGAGUGCGAGUGCGCGCGGACCGUCGAGGGUUUUCGUCGUACUUGCACGUUUGUUGAAACUCGGUUCGACCUGUUCUGCAAACGACGGACCAGCUGCAGGCAGGAAAGAUGCUGCGGGUGAAAUGUGCUUCGAAGAAGAGAAGCAAGAGAAUGUCCCGACGACAACGGAGACCGUGUCAGCUGAAACAUCUGCUGUUGAUGCAGAGGGCCCAGAAGGAGUGGGUGGUGAUCAGGGCGGAGGAGAUGGGGAAGGAUCAGCUGGAAGGGGAUCAGCAGGAGGGGCUCGGAGUAGAGGUGCAACAGGGGAUUCGGGAAGUGCCUCCGUCGUGCCUCAACCCAUGAGACUCCUGGGUUUGCCUCUCGUUCUUGCACGAAAUGUCAAGGCAGCCAUUCUUCCUCUUGUCAACACGACCUCGGCGGCAGUGGGCAAGCUCAACCUCAAGCUCACGGGAGCCAACGAGGCCACGAUCAUGGGACAGAACAAAACCAGCAACGCCCCUCCCAUGGCUCGACCUUGGCGACUCUUCGGACUUCCCUCUGGUCUGUGGCACCAAAUCAGAGAGGCUGCUCUUCCGACCAAGAACGGGACUGUACACCCAUCAGGAGAAGCCAAAUUCAUGGGCGGCAACGUUUAUUACCUUGAAAACGCAACCCAGACGAGCAGCGCUGCAGGUAGACCCCGGGUGCCACGAAUACUCGGCAUACCCUUUGUUCUGGCAAGACAAGCAAAAGCCACUGAGCUGGAACAUUCAAGUGAGCCGACCGAAAAGCGAAAUGCUACCGCCAUGUUUAAACCUAAAGACAUGUCUUCCGCACCUGUGCCGGAUCAAAAGGACCAUAAAUCCCCGGUCCGAGGCGGUGAAGGGAAUGGCAGGGACGCCAGCAGCUUGUGGUCCUCGACCGUAUUUAGCGUUCUGGGGUUUGUACCGAGGAAUGUGAAGGCAGUCUUGUUACCUUGGUCACCAGUCUCUGCCGGCAGCGCAUCCCUAUCCACCAGCAGCGAUGGACGAAGUCAUCAUGCGGACUUCGAUGCGUCCGUCCACUCACCUUCAGGCGAGGCUCAUGUUGUGCCCACGACAUCUGCAGAUUGA